AUGUCCGUUGAAGAGGAAAAAGUUAUUGAUACUGCAAGUGUCAAGAAAACAGGAUCAGUCGAUUCCUUUGAAAAGUCUUUAGAAAACAACUCUGGAGAUGGUGUGGUCGAAACGAAGGCACUCAAUUUUGUUGAUCGUUUGGCUUCCAAGUUGAAUGCUGAGACUAAGGGUAUUGAAAUAGUUACUGAUGAAGAAAAGACUGAUGAUUCCAUUUUGAAUGCAGCCAGUAUGUGGUGGUCUGCUAACUUGGUGAUUGCUACAUUUUCGUUGGGUGCUCUUGGAGUAGGUAUCUGGGGACUUUCGUUUGCUCAGUGUAUUUUGACUAUUGUCUUCUUCGCAAUGAUCGGUGUAUUUCCAGUUGCAUAUUUCUCCAUUUUUGGACCUAAAUUGGGGUUGAGACAAAUGAUCUUGUCCAAAUAUUUGUGUGGUGACUACGGUAUGAGAAUUUUUGCUUUUAUCAAUGUUGUUGCUUGUGUCGGAUGGGGAGCUGUCAAUAUUAUGGCCUCCGCUCAGUUGUUAAAUAUUGUCAACAAUGGUGCUUGUCCACCAUGGGCUGGAUGUUUGAUUCUUGUUGUUUGCACUAUUAUAGUCACAUUUUUUGGUUACCAUAUAAUUCAUAUUUAUGAAAAAUGGUCAUGGGUUCCAAAUGCAGUAUGUUUUAUUGCAAUAAUCGCCAGAAUGGCUAUGUCUGGUAACUUCAGAUGGGGUGAAACUGUUGGUGGUCAAACUACUGCCGGUGACGUUUUGUCUUUCGGUGGUGCCAUUUAUGGUUUUGCUACUGGUUGGACCACAUAUGCAUCUGAUUAUACUGUAUACCAACCAAGAAAUGCUAAUCCAUACAAGAUUUUCUUUAGUAUUGCCAUUGGUUUGUAUGUUCCUGUUGUCUUCACAUUAAUAUUAGGUGCUGCUUGUUGCACGGGUAUAACUGCUGAUAAAAAAUGGGCUGAUUUAUAUGAAACAAAAUCUGUUGGUGGAUUGGUCUACGCUAUUUUGGUUCAAGAUUCCUUACAUGGAUUUGGUCAGUUCUUAUGUGUUCUUUUGUCUUUAUCCACCGUUUCAAAUAACAUUCCAAAUAUGUACUCUAUUGCUUUGAGUGCUCAAGCUUUCUGGUCAAAAUUGAGUAAGGUCCCAAGAGUUUUUUGGACUAUACUCGGUAACUUUGUUACUUUGGCAAUUUGCAUCCCUGCUUACUACCAUUUCGAUGAUGUUAUGUCAAACUUCAUGAAUAUCGUUGGUUACUACUUGGCUAUUUAUCAAAGUAUAUCUCUUUCUGAGCACUUCAUCUAUAAUAAGGGUCGCUUUUCAGCAUACGAUUACGAAAACUUCAAUGAUAAGACAACAUAUCCCGUUGGUAUUGCCGGAGUUUUCGGAUUUUGCUGUGGUGUUGCUGGUGUUGUUCUUGGCAUGGACCAAGUUUGGUAUGCUGGUGUUAUUGGUAGAAAAAUUGGAGAAUUCGGAGGUGAUAUUGGAUUUGAAUUGGGAAUUGCCUUCUCUUUUGUUGGUUUCAAUGUCGUAAGACCAUUUGAGAAAAAAUACAUCGGUCGUUAA